CUAGGGCCUGUGAGAGAUAGAAAAGUUGCUGUUACUAGUACAGACGUCGCCCAGGCCCACUGGUGCUGUGGCCGAGCUGGCAGAUUUCGCUAACAUAAGGACUCAGUUUCCAGUCUAAGAAGUGAUCUGCUCUUUCAGUUUCAAACUGAACGUAAAAUAAGGACCUAGGGGAGUUGAAGUUGUGGAGGAAAGAUCUCACAGAUGUUGGAAGGACGAAAUCGAAGUCGUAGCUGGUUCUUGGCGAAAAUUGUCCUCCGCGGGCGGGCCUGCCACUAGCAGAAGCAGCACCGGGGCGAGAGGCCGCCGGCCACGAGACCAUUGCCAAGCAUGGUCGUGCGCCGGUCGGCUCCGUCGCUGCUUGUGCACGUCCUGCAUUCCCACACUUGUGGGUGGGUGUUCGCUUUCGAUCCGUCUUUGAGAGGUAUUGAAGUGCCCCGUCCAGCGACCAGUGACGACUUGAACUUAUCGGCAUUGCAUCAGCCACAGAAAGGGCUUGCGCUACAGCAACUGAGCGACACUUCCCACGCAGACGCAGCGGCGGAUUCGGGAAGUCGGAUUGCAGACAAAACUAGUCGGGGUGCCGCAGUGGAGCAGAUCGGCAGCGAGAAUGGAAAAACAAGAACGCAGCUACAGCAGCAGCAGAAGGAAGAAACAACAGCCGCUCUUUCAGUGGAGCAAAGCAGAAAAGCUGAGGACAUUCAGGGAGCGGAUCUCUUUGAAGCUCUUGCGGAUUUUGCCGAAACGCCGAAAGCCCAUAAGGUCACGAAGACCGUGAGUUUGAACGUGAUUCAGCCCCCUCCGAAACCAAAAAAAGAUCCCAACGACCUCCGAGAUUUACUCCACGAGCUUGCGAGCUUCGCCAACGCAGAUGACGAGAACAGGGAAGAUGUUGAUAAAAAUCAGAAGGUCAAUGGCGCUGCCACGGAGGGCACGACCUCGGCCGCUCCAAACGUCGCAAAGCAAGCCGCGGGAAAUAAAAUAACCCCGAAGAAAGCAUCGCCAUCAGUGAAAACAGCUGGAGCCGCUGCUGGAGCGUCUUCCUCUUCGGCGGCCUCUUCAAGCGUGGUAGCCGACAAAACAAGUUUACUGCAAACCACCACGAGAACUACAAAUGCAGUACGCGACCAAGAUCAUCCCCUCGAUCCACCACAGACCACGGUUUCGACGGAUGGCACGCCUCCCUUUGACCAGCGCGGCCUUAUGGAAACGGAGGGUGAGAAAAUACCGCCCGGCCCACCGAAAAAACUCGGACCCGGAGGGGACAUUACGGUAGACAGCGUCGCAACGGAGGGGAUCGUGUUCGGCGCCCCCGGUAACACGCGGGGCAUCGAUUCCAAGCUUCCAACCUUCGGCUCCGAGCCGGAGUACGAUGCGAAACUGGAGAAGCCGAAGCCCAAGCCACCACCGAAGAAGCCCGAGGAGAACACCGGACCGAACGUGGAGGUCCGGGGCGACAAGAGUCGCACCGUGAUUGUGGCAGACCCGGACGGCAAGCCCGACGGCAUGCGCCAGAAGGCAGUGCGGCAGCGCAGCGGUACUGUGGAAAUCGCAGAGCACGAGCAGGAAAAGCGCGACGCGAGGCUGCACGAGACGCGGAAAAUUACCCCGGACACGGUGAAGUUUGAUCCGCUUGCGAAGGCCGGGGGCAAGGAAGCUGCGAAGGAGGACGAUGGCACCAGUUCUGGGCUCGGAACAAACGUCUCGGUGAACCUCGUCCACGUGAGGCAGCAAGCAGUCGACAGGGAACGAAGUACAGAUAGUACAAAAGUCGCGCCUGCGGCUGCGCCUGCAAAGGAGAUGGGCGGCCGUACUACAACUAGUGCAACAUCAGAGCUGCAAGUAGAGCAAACCUCAUCCUCCAAGUCCAAUCAGCAAAAGGAAAAGGACGCACAACGGAGGCAAGAAGUGGAAAAAAAGCGCCAGGAGGAUGUUUUGGCGAACAGCGUCGUGUACUUAGACAGUUCUGAAGAGCUUCGGGGUCCGCAGUCGGAAGACGUGCUUUCCCUCCUGGCGAUGCAGGCGAGCGCUGAAGACCCGUCUCUGCGGGCCAUCGAGCAGGCAGAAGAGGUCGAGGAAAGCUAUGACCAGCUCAAACGGUACAAUCUCAAACGUUACAAUAGAAUCUGAGAUUUGUCUUGCAUGAUCAACAUGACAGACUCGGACAGCGUUCCACUUUUUGCAAUACAAAUUUCGCCAGAUUGUAGUGCGGAUUGGGACUCCAGAACUUGUCAUGCGCAAUCCUGUGGGAGUAGGGUAGAUCAUGCACUUGUUGCAACACAAAUUCCAGAUUCUAUUGUAACGUUUGAGAUUGUAACACCUGAGCGGGUCAUAAAAGCGAACACCCUCUGAUUUUCCUGCAGGAGACAUCGUCGAGUUAUCCUGAGUAAAAACGUGCCCACACCAGAGUUGUAAUGCGAAUCUGCAUGCUGAAAAUGUUUCUCAUGCGGAGCUCCAUGAGAAGCAUUUUCUAGUCGUGUUUUGCAACUUGUCAUGCUCCAAUCAGCAUGGUAUGCUAGAUCUGUGAUGCUGCUGAGCUAGCUCAAACAGCACUAUACUACGAAUCCAAAUUUGUCAUGCAAAACAGACAAAACUUGUGGAUUUGUCCAGCCGAUUCCCCAUCUUGACUCUGGUGUGGGUACGUUUUUACUCUGGAUACGAGUCUUCAAAAAUUCAACUUCGCAGAGGAACUAGAGAAGCUUGUCGCUACCGCUCCUGCCCAUCUAAGAACAAAUUCCUCCGCCGCGGCAAAUACCUUGACGCUCACGUACGGACCAGAUCUGUCUGCUCGAAGAGCAGGGGAAAGGCCAGAUGAACUACACGAAGAUGCUGAACUUCAUUUUUGCCACUGUCCAGCAACAAAUGUCGCUUAUCCGCUCAUCGCUGAUAGUACGUCGACCCAACAUUCAGCAGAGACCUGCAAGGGCGGAGAAUUGCGAACGGCAAGAAAUCAGCACACAACUGCAACUUCUGGAUCAACAUCCACGCAGCUGCUGCAUCAAAUUCCUGCUGUCCGCGUUGACUGCGGCAUGUUGAAAGUGCCACAAGAUGCUGCUCGUGCCGCCUCUUCUGUGAAAAAUCGCGAGCAUUUCUCUCCUGGUGCAUUUCCGAAGAACCAAGUUCAAGAAAGACAAAAGCUCGAGAUGAGAACUACAACCACGUGCGAAUCUACACACGCGGAAGCUUCGCGCCAAGGCAUCUGCAGAUUGCCGGGUUUGAAAUUUUCCGCUGCUGCAGAAUGCCACCAAUGCGAUGCUGUGGAGUGCUGCCGACCAGAAAAAGUGGCCCUGGAUUGUCGCGAGCAAUCGCUUCGAGAUACGCGAAUUCGCGUCCCAACACCCGGACAAGACGCAAAAACGCACUUCGACCCGUCGCGGUUCGGGGAAAUAGCGAGCGCGGCAGUGAAUGCGACCAAUUUAGCACACUGUGUCCGCCAGUGCCGGAUGCAGCCGCGCUGCCAUGCGGUUUCCUUCCAUGGACCAUCCGAAAGUACACUCACAGCAACAUCAAACAACAACUGCGAGUUGGUCUUGGAGCAACGGUUCGUAGGCAAGCGCGCGCGAACCAAAAAAGCGAAUGCGGCAAAAAAUCUACUCCCGAGUGUUGAGAAGACAAGGCUUUACCACGCCAUGAAGCAAACCAUGAAGGAAAACGGCUGGCACGACGACGACACGUAUGACGGCCAGGAUUUUGACCUGCACGCGGACCGCACACCGCAUUUGAGCAUCGCUCUCUCCCUAGGCCCGGACGAGCGGGCAGUGAUGCAACACGAAGCCGGCUGGUCGUCUGUCACGUUUUGUCCCUCCUGCAAUGACCGCAUCUUCGGCGACAAGAUUUGCGGGGUGAAGGACGAAAAUGCAGGCCUCUAUUUUUCCUCGUCCUCUGGUGCAGUUUCUGAACAAUCUUCUGGAGAGCGAGUUCCAAAAACUGUAGCAACUCCGCCGAGCGACAGCGAGCCACUUUCGCCGAAGAAAAACAUCCAACAGAAGUCCAACCUUCUGAUCCGUGCCAUUGGGUUCGCCAGUAUGGAGGAAAGUCAGCGUGUGAUCAGGACGAGUCAAGAAUCUUCGCAGUUGCUAGUUUGCGCUUGUCCAGAUGGAGCGGAAAUCCCGGUCUACAGCGCUUUUUCUUCCGUGUCUGCUCGAGACUCGAUACCACUAUGCUCUGGCGGAAGGCUAAUCGAGAAGGCGCGAGGCGCCGCUGCUGCCAUGUAAUUACUUCCUUGCUGUCAUGUAGUUUUGUGUGGCCUUUUUCGCAUGUUUGUUGUGAUGGUAUACAUACACUGACAACGACGAGUGACGACCUGGCUCGAAAAAACAAAACUAAGAUCGACUCCCGGCGGCCGUAUUAACACCAGUGCGCCGAAAUCGAGACUUCAGCUUCAGAUGCAGAGAGCGGUGUGCGGGCGAUCGGCGGACCAACGUAUGCAAGACUCCGUGCCAGUUGGAAGCGAGCGACCAGGCCCGGCUGUGGAGGAAUAUUGGAGUUUGUAG